CCCCGCAGACGCGGAGCCUUUCGGGAAAUGAAGUCUUUUUUCAAAGAACUUGCCUUCCGGCUGGUUCGGGGCCCUUGCAUCUUUUCAUAUUCGAGGCAUUUGGAGAGAUAGAUGUGGAGCCCGAAUUUGAGGGGGGGGGACUCAUCUGAUGCGGAGUGGGCCUUUGGGGAUCUCUGAGUGGAAAGUGUACUUCAAACUCUCCCAAUCAUCACGCGCUUUGUCGGCGGCGACAGCCCACCUGGGGGGACCUGAUUUGUUCCCCACCUUAGCGGACCGACCUAGAGACAGGGCGCAGCCGGGGUAUACGGGGUCCCCGGAGAACGGGCUGCUAGACCUGGAGGCAAACUGAACCGAACAGUGAAGAAAGUGUCUAGGGUUCAAAGGUCAAGGGUCAGCGUCGCGAGUUGUAGAGGGUCGAAAGUCGGAGGGGUGUCUAAGGAGAGAGACUCAGGGACUGAAUACUCAGAGUGCAGAUUCGUGGGAAAGGCGCCGGGAGGGAGGAGGAUAAGCCAGAGUGGAGUCGGGUGCGUAGUCAGGGAGACGGGAGACUCGGCAGAAAAGACGGAAAGGGAAAGGAAUCUCCUGGCCACCCGUUCCCAGUCCCCGGGCCUGUCACUCUCGGUCACUUAGCCGGGCGCCCCGCAUUUGCAACCCCAGGUGCCGGCAGGGUGAGGAGAUGGCGUCUCCCUCUCGACAGGGCCCCCUCGGGGGGUCAGGGCUGCUUCAGGGGAGCCGGGCUCGUUCUUACGGAAGCCUGGUGCAGUCCGCCUGCUCCCCGGUGCGGGAGAGACGCCUGGAGCAUCAGCUGGCGCCCGGAGACACGCUGGCUGGACUGGCGCUCAGAUACGGGGUGACGAUGGAACAGAUUAAACGUGCAAACCGCCUUUAUACUAAUGACUCCAUCUUCCUGAAGAGAACCCUCUACAUCCCCAUCCUGACAGAGCCCAGAGACCUGUUCAAUGGUUUGGAUUCUGAGGAAGAGAGAGAUGGAGAGGAAGAGAUGCAGCCAAGUAAGGCUGAAGUUUGGCCACACUCAGCUGAGCAGAAGACGCAGCAGACAGGCUCAGGACGUGCCAAUGGCGAAGUCCUUUCCACACCUGGCCAGGAACCCCCCACUCCCAGCCAUGACCUCUCUGCCUCUGAUUUCCUUAAGAAGCUUGACUCACAGAUCAGCCUGUCAAAGAAGGCUGCUGCCCAGAAGCUGAGAAAAGGGGAAAGUGGGGUACCUGGGGAGGAGUCAGGCCUUCACCGCAGCUCCCCUCGGAUGCAGCAACGAGCAGUCCUAGGUCCCGUGCCACUGACCCGGACCUCUCGAAUCCAGACACUUCGAGACCAGGAGGAUGAAAUCUUCAAACUCUGAUGUCUCCAGAACUGAUUGAUAGAAGCAAGAUGGUGAAGGAGCAACUUGAGGGGGAGAGGAGCCUGAGGUGAGGCUCAAGAACAUGGCUUCCCAGCCCACCUGCCUCCCUCCUGCCCAGCCUCAUGUCUCAUCAAGAGCUCCUUGGCCUGAGGCAGUUUUAUUGGCAAGAGUAGGAGGUGGGGAAUAGACCCCUUCUCAGUUCUGGGGUUGAAUCUAGAGUUGUCCUUUAGAUUCAAAGGUUCUUUUUACAUCCCUGCUGCCUUUCCCAUCCCUUCACCAUUGCUUGGCCUUAGAACAGGAGGCAGGUGACUCCCUCAGGCCCUAACUUCUUCCCCAUCUCCAACUAUGUUACCUAAUUUAUUUGGUGCUAUAUUGAAGUAAUAUUUAUUUGCUGUAUUUUGUUCUUUCCCACUCUUAACUAAAGAAUGGGAUUUUUAUAGCCAUGGUGUGAGGGAAACCCAGGAACAGUGAGCCAGUAACUGCUGGCUGCCCACCUUUUUAGCCAAGCAUGUUAUUGAGAGUGGGGCAAUCAGUGAUCUAACCCUCAAAGUAAAGAAUUUGGGUUUAGUCUUGACUAACCAAUUCACUAGAACUCUUUCACAACUCUUUCUCUGAGGAAAAAACCAGUGAUGUAGGUACCCGAACUAUUCAAUUCACCUUCUAACCUGAGCCUCUGUUCAGACUGUGUGGCUAAGGGAUGGAAGAAGAAUUGCCUUGCAGUUCGAAGAGGAAAACAGUUGUGGGAGUGUCACAAACAGUUCCUAUUUGUUAUACUCCCUCCCCAUCAGAGCCUGUUGCUGUAUGCCUUGCUCCUCAUUGAAUAUUUAUUUGCAAUUUGUAGCACUGAUCUGCGGUACAGUUUUUAAGCAGAAGUAGGCAAGGGAACCCCAAUGAUACUGAAAUACUCCUGAGUCUCCUGUGUGCAAAGGCGAGUGGUGAGAUAAGUGGUGUUACAGACCAUCAUGAUGAUCAUCAGAUAUAAGAAACUGGAGAGAUUAAACACUGAGCCCUGUG